AUGUCAAUCGUUACUGGUGAUUCGUUAGAAAAGUUCAACAUAGUCGUGAGUAAAUUGCCGUUAAAAUCAAAUGAAUUAACACGUCGAACGAACGAACUUAAACGAUUAUUAAUUAAUUGGCGUUAUAUUUUAGUUCCAAUCAAUAGUUUACUUGAAUGGGAACGUGAAUAUGAUCCAUUGAUUAUUUUUGGCAUCAUUACUUUUAUUUUUUUUUCUAUUCUUAAGAUAAAUCCAACUGUACUUACACUAGUUAGCUUUGUCAUGCUAAUAGUAGUAAUGAUUGAUCUAUUAGUAAUAAAUGGUGUUCAUAUCGUUUCUAAAUACGAGAGCUGGACACAAAGCAAAGAAACUAAAUACAAAAGAUUAUGUGAACGUAUUGCACAUCUUGAAACAUUCCUUAAGCAUAAAUGUGAAUCUGUUUUAAAAAUGCGUAAAGAACGACCAUCGAUGUAUUUAAUAGUUGGUAGUAUAUGUCUCCUAUUUUUUGCUUAUUGUUGCCAAAAUAUCGAUAAUCUUUUGCUUAGUUAUUUAGCAACUCUUGUCAUUUGCCUUACACCUGGUAUACAUAAUCGACAAUUAAUAUCAGUGAUUCAUCAGUAUAUAAUUGAUUUUUGGAACAAGAACAAAUUAAUUUCAUCGUUUAAAAAUGGAGAGCAAAGAACUGCAAGAACCACUUCGUCUUGA